AUGUCGCAGUCAUGGGUGCGGGGCCCUAUUUGCGGUGUUGACAACUGUACAUCUAGACUCUAUAGGUCAGCAGAUGGGUUAAAAAUUUGCCAAUAUGGGCAUGUUAUGGAGGGUAACAUCGAAAUCAAUGACGAUCAAGAUGAUAACUACAUACAAACCAAGAGACUUAAUAUAAAUCUCACAGGUUUAGGAGGAGACUUUCUGAACUCACAGACUCAAAGAGCUAAUAUUCUUGGUGGUACGAACAAGAAUAAAAAAUUGUACGGUAAAGCUGCAAAGGAACUCUACUUACAAUGUAUACAGAUCUUACUCCAGAAACAGUUGAAGAUAGUAAUCAAGUUAUGUUUGGAGAGUGUUGAGUUUGAUAUUGAAAGCGAAAUUGAGCCUUUGGUUAAAUUAUACUGGUUGAGAACGCUAAAAAGCUACCUUAUGCCAGACACCAAUAAUAAUAGUAUUAACAAUACCACGAAGAACAAGAACAAAAACCACGGAGCUGGAGAUGGGCACGGCGUAAGUCCAGGAAUAAACGACGGAGCCACAGCAGAAAAGGGACAUAGACCCGAUCUUCAAUUAAACGAUCCAAACUCGUCCCUUCCAACGACCAUAGACUUGAUUUGCAUAAUAUAUUUAUCAGUCUUGCAAUUGAAAUUGCCCAUAUAUGCUCACGAUCUACUUUAUUCUAUUAAGCAGAAUGAUAUUCCGUAUAUGAAAUGUUUUCAUUUGAUCCCUAAAUCGCUACUUGAUCGGCUACCACCGUACUAUAUGGGCCUAUUAGAGCCCAAGAAGCUCCCCCUUGAAAAUGAAUUGUACGAAAACAUUCAAAUAAUAGGGAAAAGAGUGAAAUUCCAAAAGGUUCAACUCUCUGCGAACUACUAUUAUCCCUUGAUUCUCAAAAUAUUAUCGAAGGUUCUUUUCUUCCCCAAUGCCCCAGAUCUUUUCAUACUUUGGACUAAAUUAUGUGCAAAGAUUGUCAGAGAUGAUGAUGAAGCUGAGGAGUUGGGCUUUACUGUUCUUGACAAAGAUUUGAAAAACUUAUCAAUCCCCAAAAGACUCUGGAAAUCCAAAGGGAUUCCUAAAAGAUGCAUAGUUCAGUUCCCCGAGUUGAAAAUGAUUAGCUUGAUCAUUACUACAAUAAAAUUUUACUUUAUGUUCAACCCCACUAAAAAUCUGAAGACUGUCUUUGAUGUAAGUACUUGGUUGCAAAAUAUCACACAAUAUGAACUUGACCAUGAGUUCCCCAUUUCACAGACUAACAAUGCUGAAGAAGACAUACUAGGUUGGUCUGACAUGAAGAUAAACAGAUAUUGCCAGUGGGUGUAUGAAAACCUCAUUCCUAAGAAAAACAAGACUUUUAACAUUGAAAGCAAUAAUGAGAAUGCUGACCAUCGGGGAGCUGAAUUGGAAGAACUUCCAAUGAUGGACAAGAGACUAUUUCAAAUAUUUAAUAUUGAUCAACAAGAGUAUAAAUCUUCUGGUAAGAGAAAACUCGAUCUCGAGAAAACCAGUGUCGUGGAUAACAAUAGUCUAGACGAAGCAGUGGUUUUCACUGGUUAUGGAAGUGAGCCGACGAACGCAAGUUCAAGCUCAAGUUCAAGCUCAAGUUCAAAUACAUCUUCAAAUGUAGUCCAUAACAUGAUACUAGUGGAGAAGUAUUUGAUGGAGAAGUUGUGUAAUGAAUGUGGUGUGACGCCAGACAUCUUGGAAGGAUGCAAUAACUGGGUCGAAGGGAAAUUAAAAGCAAGCAUUGAUGUAGGUAGGUGA